AAAAUUUCAUAUAAUUCUCCAAAAUUCUCAUAUAACCUAUGCUUUUGAUAUUCAAGGAUUUUAUUAUAAUCUUUGGAACGUUAGGUUGGAAAGGUAGUUGGAUUAUCUAAAUAACACAACAAUUGAACAACAAAGUUCCACUACCACCAAUACUAUUUUUUCUUAUCUUUAGCUUUCAACCUAUCAAAAAAAAGUGUUAACUAGUGAAAUUGAUCAUACAACAAAAAAAAGUGUACGAAAAAAAUAUGGGGGUGAUGAAAAAGGCAGAGGUGGUAAUGAAAUCUACAAGACGUCCACCAAUUCCAACACCGCCACCACCGCCGCCUCGGCCGAGGUGGAGUAGCUAUACAAGGAGGGAGAUUGAGAGGUUUUGGAGGAAGAAAAGACUUGAGGAAGAGGAACACUUACUUGCUGCAAUCAAAGCUGCUGCACGUCUCAGAGCUACUCAUUUCUCUGAAGAGGAUUAUUUGUUGUUUAUAGAGAGUUUAGAGGAAGAAGAGGAUGUUAAUACCAUCAUUCAAAAGAAGAUUUGUGGAAACAAUCAAGAAAUUCGUGUUGGAAUUACGGAUUGGUGGACAAAGAGCAAAUAUGCGUACUUGAAUCAACCAGUAAUUGGAAACGUGGGUCGUCCAAGCAGACGGGCAUAUUACAAACCAGACAGUAUCAUUUGGUUCUACCAAAAGUCAUUCCCAACUGCCACUGCCUCAGCUGAAGCUUUUUAUCUUGGGGCUUAAUUGGAGCAUAUUUAUUUCCAAGUUUCAUGCAACAAUAGUACAAUUCUAUGAUUGAUCAAUUAAUUGUAAUGUCUUAUUUACCUUGGAAAGGAUGUAAAAUUUGAUGUAUGAUUGUGAUCCUAGCUAAUUGCCAUGGAUUUGAUCAGCAAAAAAUGCAAUUUAUAUUGAUUUGCUCUGUAAUUAUGAAGUUGUUAGUUUGGAUUUCAGAUUUGUCAAUUACAACAUUGAUAAUUCAUGUUGAAGUACAUAUAUUUAGGCUUUAAUUAAUGUGUCA